CCCUUGUUUCCCAUGUGGAUAAGACUCCGAUCAGACUGUCUCACCAAAAGUCCCCUUUCAACACGCUUGUCAUUGUACUCUUUCGUUGACAGUAACACCCCCCCGUUUACCCCAUGUUGCCUCUUCUAGCGCUAACAGCGCUUGCUGCCACAACCGCUUCAGCCAGUACAGACAUGAUCCAGCCUGUAGCGCUUCAAGCAGAGUCCAGUCGAAUGGAUCUACCCUCCUCCAAGAUCAGGCUUCAACGCGAGCGUAGCAAAUUAUGCGGGGUGUGGUGAUAUGCCUGCUGGGUCACGCACUUACUUUCCAAUGUCCGGCGGACAGCUAUCGUUCAACUCUCUCACCGUCGCAGCUGACAUUUCGAUCCUUCACGUCGCUCAAAUCAACCCCGUAUCCUUCCACUCUUGGACAGCGUCGGGUGUCAAUAUUGAGGACAUGAGCCCUGGAGAGUUUUGCGCCCCUGCGCCAGAUUUUGAGUCCAGCUAUGAGGUGGGCGAUCAGUUGACGAUGAUUAUUAUGUACCAGCUUUACGGCGACAAGACGGACUAUUACGACUGUGCCGACAUUACCUUGAUCGAGACGUCCAACUAUACCGCACCCUCCUACACCUGCUCCAACACUUCUUCUCUCCUUACGAUGGCUUCUAGUGUCUCAACCUCUGCCGGCCAGGAUAAAAGUGUCUACGCGAAUGGCACUUCCUCUUCUACCUCUUCCUCGGUGACAGUGACGACGACCGCAGGCGUCAGUAACGGGUCAGGUCUUAGUGCCGCAAAGGGAGGCGGUAUAGGAGCUGUUUGCGGGGUUGCCUUUGCCGCUGCGCUGGUGGGAGCAGCUUAUGCGCUGGGAUACUUGCGAUUCAAAAAGAAUAGAGGUAAUCUAGAGCUGGUCCAUGAUAGUGACUCAAUGAGGUCCAACAUUCCAUUGAAUGGGACCAAGUUCAACGGGAAGAAGCAAGUGGUUUGAUUGAGGGUUCAUUGAGGGGCUUGCAGGUUAUAGGCGCGUUCAUAGAUCAACUGGAGAUGAUGCUAUAAUCAGUAUUGGGUUGCCCACGGUAUACUUCCAGAACUCGCCCACCACACACGCACAUAGAUUGUAUGCAUACGAAUGGAAACCUGUUGAAGA